AUCUAUAUGGUAUUAUGAGCUAAAACUUCACACAUGUACUCUGGGGACACCAAAGAUUUAUUUGACAUCUUCAGAAAGUCUUGUGAAAUGUCCCCUUUAAAACUACUACUGUCGCUUAAAAACAUCUUCAUCCGGUGAAAAUGAAGAAUUUGAGAGUUGUUUUGUGUGCAGAGGUUCAUAUCUAAUGCUCAGCGGUACAAAUAAACAUGUUUUACAUAUUUUAUUGGAAUGUAACCAACAAGUUCGGCCAUUUUAAAUGUAUAAUAAUACUUGGGGGGAAUUUUUAUUUUAAAUAAAGACAAAAACAGAUAUGCUGUGCUAUAGCUUGAGGUAUUGGUUUGGUUUAAAGUGCAUUUUUCUGGUAUUCUCAAUAUUGGCAUUUAGAAUUUAUUUAUUAAAAGAUAAAAAGAAAAAAAGAUUGUUGUAAUGUAUUUCUUUCUAAGUUAUUUGUGUCUAUAUAAAACAUUGACAAAUAUACAGUCGCUAAUUAUUAAUGCCAUCAUUGAUUCUAAUAUUAAAACAUCCUGCUUUAUGAGCAUUAACAAACUUUACCAGAUUAACAACACUUUUCUGUAGUCUAUUUUUUAUAUAUAUUUUUAUAAUGUUUUCAUCUUUAAAACACUGCUUUAGUUUACAUUAGAACGCACAUGUAAUACAUUUAAUACAAACACUUCAUAUGGUUUGGCCAAAAAAUGAAAGUAAAAGUGUGCAGCUGAGUCACACCUAACAGACAAACCUGUUUUGCACACGACUCUUAACACAAAACCAGGAAACUACUUUUCAAGCAACUGUCUGUCUCUGUCUGUCUGUAUAUUAGCAUUGAAAUAUGGCAGAAGCUCAUGUUUUUCAGGACAAGUUCAGCUGUUCGGUGUGUUUGGAUCUCCUGAAGGAUGCAGUGACCAUUCCCUGUGGACACAGUUACUGUAUGAGCUGUAUUACAAACUGCUGGGAUCAGAAUGAGAUGAGAAUCUACAGCUGCCCUCAAUGCAAACAAACCUUCACACCAAGACCUGUUUUAUAUAAAAAUGUGAUGAUUGCUGAAAUGGUGGAGGAACUGAAGAAGACAAAACUUCAGACUGCUGUUCCUGCUGACUCUUAUGCUGAAGCUGGAGAUGUGGAGUGUGACGCCUGUACUGAGAGAAAAUACAAAGCUGUCAAGUCCUGUCUGGAGUGUCUGAAGUCUUACUGUCAAAAUCAUCUUAAACAACAUGAAAAUUUCUUCAAUGACGGGAGGCAUCAUUUGAUGAAUCCCACCAGACAACUUCAUGAGAUUAUCUGCUCAAAACAUAAUAAACAACUAGAAAUCUACUGUCGCACCGACCAACACUGCAUUUGUUAUCUGUGUACGAUGGACGAACAUAAAAACCAUGAUACUGUGACAGCUGUAGCAGAAAGAACUGAGAAACAGAGAGUUUUGGGAGAAAGACAGAGAAAAUUACAUCAGAUAAUUGAGGAGAGAGAGAAGGAGCUUCAGGAGCUGAGAGAGGCUGUGGACUCUCAUGCGCGCUCUGCACAGACAGCAGUGGAGGACAGUGAGAGGAUCUUUACUCAACUGAUCCGAUCCAUUGAGAGAAGACGAUCUGAGGUGACACAACUGAUCAGAGAUCAGGAAAAGACUGCAGUGAGUCAAGCUGAAGGAGUCAUGAAGCGUCUGGAGCAGGAGAUUGAUGAUCUGAGGAGGAGAGACGCUGAACUGAAGCAGUUUUCACAUACAGACAAUCACAUCCAUUUCCUACAGGGUUUUCAGUCUCUGUCUGCAGCUCCUGAGUCUUCAGUCUCACACAGAUUUACUCUCAGCUCUCUCCUCUCUUUUGAUGAUGUGAGAAAAUCUCUCUCUCAACUGAAAGACAAACUGGAGGAUUUCUGUAGAGAGGAGAUAGAGAAGAUAUCUGGUGAAGUUACAUAUAUCUCAGUUAUUUCUGAUGAAUUGAAGACCAGGGAGGAUUUCUUACAAUAUUUCAAGCAGUUCACACUGGAUUUAAACACAGUUAAUAAAUUCAUUCAGCUCUCUGAUGGCAGAACGGCUACUCGCACUAACAGAGUCCAACAGUAUCCUGAUCAUCCAGACAGAUUUGAUUACUGGGGUCAGGUGUUGUGUAGAGAGAGUUUGUGUGAACGCUGUUACUGGGAGGUUGAGUGGAGUUGUGAGGUGUUUAUAUCAGUGUCAUAUAAGAGCAUCAGCAGGAAGGGAUCGGGUCAUGAGUGUUGGUUUGGAUAUAAUGAUCAGUCCUGGAGUUUGUACUGCUCUGACUCCAUCUGCUACUUCAGUCACAAUAACAAAGGCACUAAACUCCCUGUAGUUUCAAGCUCCUGUAGAAUAGGAGUGUAUGUGGAUCACAGUACAGGAUCUCUGUCCUUCUACAGCGUCUCUAAUACAAUGAACCUCAUACACAGAGUCAACACCACAUUCACUCAACCACUUUAUCCUGGGUUUAACAUCGAUUCAGGUUCAGUUAAGUUAUCUAAUCGAGCAAUGUAGAUGACAUGAAGAUUCUCUAAGCAAUGCUGUAAACUUUGACUAAAGAAAAGAAAGAGAAACAAUUCCCUGCCAGUGAUGCUUCCCUGAAGAGUAAAUUUAUUAUCCAAUAGACUGCACUCUUACCCAAUUUAU